AUGAGUUGGGGAACGGAAUUAUGGGACCAGUACGAUAAUUUAUCGUUCCACACUCAAAAAGGCAUCGAUUUUCUUGAAAGAUAUGGGCACUUCAUCCGCGACAGAUGCCUCAUUGAAAUGGAAUACGCCGGCAAACUCAGGCGAUUGGUUAAAAAUUAUCAACCCAAAAAAAAGGAAGAAGAAGAAUAUCAGUACAGCACGUGUAAAGCGUUCAAGGCGAUGUUGUGCGAAGUAAACGAUUUGGCAGGUCAACACGAGGUGAUCGCUGAAAAUCUCCAAUCCGACGUUAUCAGGGAAAUCAAUUAUCUGGUGAAGGACAUCAAAGAAGAGAGAAAAAAGUUGCUCCAGGACAGCGCGAAAUAUGUGGCGAUGAUCAACAACCAGGUGGCGUCACUGGAGAGGUCGCGGAAAAAUUACGAGAAGGCGUUCAAAGAGGCAGAAAGGGCUUUGGACAACUUUCAGCGGGCCGACGCCGACCUCAAUUUGUCCCGAGCCGAAGUUGAGAAACAGAGGAUGAACAUGGCUAUCAAAAACCAACACUGUGAGGAGUCGAAAAACGAGUAUGCCAACCAACUGCAAAAAACCAAUGAGCUUCAGAGCCAACAUUACAAAGCGCUGAUGCCGGAGGUGUUCAGGCAGCUGCAGGAACUCGACGAGAAACGCAUUCGAAACGUCAGGCAUUUCAUGGCCCAUUCGGCGGACGUGGAACGCAACGUUUUCCCGAUCAUAAACAAGUGUCUGGACGGCAUCAUAAACGCUGCCAAUCAAGUGAACGAGAAACAAGACACGAUUUUAGUGAUAGAACGGUACAAGUCUGGUUUCGAACCACCCGGAGAUUUCCCGUUCGACGAUUUGAGUCGCGGCGGCGAAUCCACGCCGCUCAUAUUGCCCGGUAGCGGCAACACUUACGUGUCAUCGGGCGUUGGCGCCCACAGGUCCGAAUCGAUGACCGUCAAGGGCACCAUGUCGGCCGGCAAGCUGAAAAAGCGUGUGGGCCUGUUUGCCAUAUUUAGCUCCAACAAGAAUAACCUUUCAUCUUCGGGUGACAAGGAUGACUACAGUGAAUUACCGCCAAAUCAACGUCGAAAAAAGAUCCUUCAAAAACUAGACGAAAUGCAAGCAAAAUUACAUCAAGAAAUAGCAGCCAAAGACGGUUUAAUGAAAAUGAAAGGAGUAUACGAAUCUAACCCAGCCUUGGGUGACCCAAUGUCCACAGAAGGUCAACUGAACGAAUGUUCACAGCGUAUCGAUAAACUCAACUCUGAUAUAGCCAAGUACCAGGGACUUUUACAAGAAGUCGAAUGUAAUGUUAGUCCUGCAGGUACACGCAAACAUGAGUUGACAGAACAUAAUGGUAUCGGAAAUGGUAGCACUAACAACCUAUCCAAUCACAAUAAUAGGAUAAUUACAUCUUUAACGGAUGGACGAGCUCCUCUUGGUGAAGAUGAAUCUUUAAGCCGUUCGGCAUCUGAUUCUAGUGUUUCUAUACCGGCUGUUGGAAUAAACAAUCGAUACUCUGGUGAGACUGUAAGUCUGGGCGCAUCGCGCAACUCAUUGGCAAAUGAUGAAGAUCCUCCACCUUAUUAUGAUAUUCACGAUUUACCACCACUGGGAACUUGUACCGCUCUCUAUGCAUUUGAAGCUACAAGCGAAGGGUCAAUACCAAUGUUUGACGGAGAGCAACUGUUAAUCAUCGAACAAGAUCAAGGAGACGGUUGGACACGUGUUAGAAGACAACCUCCCAAUGUUGAGGAAGGUUUUGUACCUACGUCAUACAUCUCCAUACACUCCAGCUGA